CUUUGGCGCGUUUUUUUCAAUGGUCUCUGUUCUUCUUCGUCUGAUGAGGAAUCGUAAACUGUUAGCUUGUUCAUUGUUAAUUAGUCUGUGGAUCAGGAAUGUAGACUGACAAGUGUUAUUUUCCAAAAAUAAGACACACACACAAAAAAAAACAAAUUAGGCUGCCGCUCCGCACUGAGUUUAGUCCUGUUUAGUGGGUAUUCAUUUCUUUUUACACUUGAAAUGAAACAUCAAGCAGAACAAGUACAUGAAUUGCAAGAAGAUGAUGUUACCUCUAUGAAUGACAUGACAGAGGAUAUUGUAGAAGAUUUUGCACGACAAUUAGAAGAAGUUGUGCGUAUACAGGAUGAAAAUGAAGAAGAUGAGGAAGAAGAGUUUGGAUAUCAACAAUUACCACAGGACGAGGAUGAAGAGAUGUAUCAACAAUUACAGUCUGAUGAAGAAGAAGAAGAUGAUGAUAUAAAAGACCCAUUGCAAAUCCCGUUAAGUGAAUCAGCACGAUUAAAUCCAGAAACGUCUGACUUGAUUAAAUCCAUCAUGGCCAAUAUUCAAUUAUCUAAUGUACCAGAAUGGGCCAAUAACAUUCCAGAAUCUGCUUGGCUUCCACAUGUAAAAGACAAGACACAAUAAAAAAGGGAAAAGCAACACACACACACACACUUUUUUUUUUUUUUUUUU